AUGCCGCCGCCGCACCGCUUUCUGGCUUCCAGACUUCAAGGUUAUGUGUGCAGAGCAUGCCUCUCUAAAUCACAGGUCACUCUACGACAACAGCCAAUAUGGUUGUCUCGAAAUGCCACAGAUGGCCGAUGGCCUACAAUAUUGAAAGGGGCCAGCCAGCAAGUCGAUCCGCAAGAACCAGAAAUCAAAUUGUUCGAACAGACGCCAGAUGGCACGCGAGUGGAAGUUCAUGCUGACCUUUUGAACGGAAUCGAGGGCAAACUUCGGGGCUACGAUGAGGAGAACGGCCACUCUAUUGAAGAAUUGGUCGGCCCUGUCGAUUUCGAGAGCUUCCUAGAUGGUGAUGGCCAGCACUACUCAUAUGAUCCUAAACUUCGCGAGUCUAUGGACGCCAUGACCAAGGAGACGGAGGAACUGGAAGCUCUGGUUGAAAAGCUGGAAAACAUCGAUUUCGGUACUUUGUCCGCCGAGGAUCGAGCCAAACUUCGGGAGGAGCUCUUGCAGACUGCUACGACUGAUGGAUCCCCCACUGAAGGUAUCCCUGAGGCGGCUCCAUCUCCUGCACCUAGUUGCGAAAGUAUUGCUCUAUCUACAAGAGUUAACCUCGUUCCAAUCCCUAUCGAGCCGUUCGCGAAAGAACAUCGCCCUCAUAUCGCAAGAUUAAAUCGGGCUUUAGUUCGCAAUCGGAAGACAGCAGGGCGUGCCCUCGCGUCUCGUUCAAUCAACAGAGAUCCUGCGAAAUAUCUCUGGAAAACCUAUUUGCUGUGUCGAAACGCUAUGAGAUCCUCCCCACACGCAAUACCUCCACGACUCUGGGACAUCCUCUGGGAGAUGUUCAAUACGGGUAAUGGAAGCAACAUGGAUAGAAUGCGGCGCAUUAAGGUCAUAGGAGAAGACAUGAGGAGCGCCGGUAUCCACCUAAGCUCUCCUCGAAUGCUGCUGUAUUUGGAGUCUAUAUUUAUUUCUGGUGACAGAAAUAUUGCUUUCAAGGAAUGGGAAGCUAUUGGAUAUUUGCCAAAAGACCAAAUACCCUUCAAAGAAUAUUAUGAACUUGGUAUUCGGAUGUUCUGUCAAGUUGGCAAUGUCGAACAAGCCUUGCGAGUUGCGGAAAUAUGUCUACACCGCAGCCAGGACCCGAGCCGCUUUCGGGUACUCCUUCCGGUCAUUCAGACAUAUCUGAAUUUGAAAGGAGAAUAUUCGGUCCAACGUGCUUGGGCCUUGUACAUCCGGAUGAAUUUCCAUUUUGGCCCUCAGAUGACAAUGGAAGAUUACGAUGCAGUUAUAGAUAUUUUCAUUACUGCUAAUCAGCUGGACCUUGCAUUAGGUGUUUUUAAGGACAUGAUGCUCACUGGGAGCACAUCUGCAGCUGAGCAGAAUUCGACAGCACAGUAUCGAAAGGUUGUGGGUGUGGAUCAAUUGAGCGAAGUCGCCAUUCAGAAUCGCGAAUUGAAUUGGGAAGAUCCUCGAGCACUUGUUAAUCUCCCAGCUCAAUUCAACAACAGGUUCUUCUUUGGUAGCUGGAUUAAGAAGCUCAUUGGCGAUCAACGACUUGACGCCGCCAAGCAAGUCUUUGACCUUAUGCAAACACGUCGAAUUAAGCCAGAUAGCAGACACAUGAACGGACUGAUCGGCGCCUGGUUCCGACACGGGUACGAGAGAAGUCAAAAUUUGGCAGAAGAUAUGGCGUGGAGGAUGAUUCGUACAAGACUCGACUUCGUCAAAGCCCGCAAUGCAGCUGCAGCAUACGAUCUCGAAAAUUCUACUAGGGUGGUCGAAACACGCGAUCUGCCAAGCAGCAAACCUCUUGUCUUUAUCCCAUCCGCCACAAUAGAGACGUUCGCGAUUCUCAUAACGGAAUACCGGCGGCGAGAGAAACCAGCUCUUAUUUCUGAUCUUUUAGAUGCGCUGAGACAUGCUCGGAUCCGGCCAAAUCCGUUUUUUAUGAAUGAGUUACUAUUGUGGCACGGCCGGAUUCACCGCACAGGCUGGGCAUGGGAUACUUACUACUCUUUGUCGAGGGAAUUUGGUGUUCAGCCCGACUUCAAAACAUAUCAGAUCCUCUGGAGGCUUUUGAAGAGCGCACUCGAUCCUGUCAGAACGUCAUCCUCUAAGCAACAGCCAGAAUCCUUCAUUACCUGCAGAAAACUUUUUGCUGACAUGAUGGAACGAGGAGGCAAAGAAGACCUUCCUCAAGAAGUAUACGAUUUGAUUAUUUUGAGUUUCAGUCAGGCGUUCGACCAGACCGGGACGGCAGUAGCUUUGCGGGCACUGCAACAACGCUUCGGCAUGUAUCCUACUGGGCAGACAACCCAAACCAUCGUGUUGCAAUUGGCCCGACUUGGCCUUACGGACGAUGGUGGAAUUAAACCAAAGCGUCUCAAUCUACAGUCACCUUUUACUCGAGAAAGAAUCGCCAACGUGAUGACGAUUUUAGAGAAGUUCAGGGAGCAGCGAGUCGAGGUCUUGUCCCAGCAGGGAAUUGCGUUUGACGAGCUGCAAGGCGAUGCUAAAGCGGAGGAGAUGUUGCUCUUACUGUCAGACCUGCUCCGGUAUGUGGCUGACGCGAGGCUUACAGGAGAACAAAGGCAUAAUUACAAUGCCGCUAUAGCUUCUAAGACCGCUGCUGAAGAGAUGGGGGUGCCUGACUGUGCGCCGUGGGUGGCUUACAAUCAGGGUGAAAUAGAGGUCGUGUAG